AUGAUUUCAUCUGGUGUUGCUGUCGGUGUCGGUGAUGAUGAUGAACACUUCAGAGUUGCUCUGAAGGAAAAGGCAAAUUCUUUGUUUAAGGAUGGUUUAUUUCGUGAAGCAAUCGCCCUCUAUGAUCAAUGCCUGGCGGAAUCUCAGUCAGACAAUCGGUUACGUUGUAUUCUACACAGCAAUAAAGCCCAGGCUUUUUUAAAAAUUGAAGAUUAUGAGAACGCUGUGAAGGCUGCGACAGAUGCUCUCAAUCUAAAUCCACUUGACCCCAAGGCAUUAUUCCGCCGGGCUCAAGCCUAUGAGAAGUUGGGAGCAUUGCAAUCGGCACUAGAAGAUGCGCAAAAACUUAUACGCUUGGAACCGAAAAACACGGCUGCUCAACUACUGAUUCGCCGGGUUGAACAUUCCGUGACCCAACGCAUUGCAGAAUCAGAUAGCCUCCCUAUGAAGAUAACCUCUAUGUUUGAUCUAAUCCAGACGGAGUCGAAAAAUGAAGAAAAGCUUGAGAAGGCUAUCAACAACUUGACGGCUUUGAUCGGGGAAGUGGGGGCCACUGCAGCCUCGUUAAUAUGGGGAAACCCACAUUUUGCCGAGCUGUUUGACUUGUGUAAACAUGCAGAUCAGAAAAUUGUCCGGGCUGUUCACCGCCUGAUGGCUCACACCUUCGAACAUCAUAUGGAUCGCUGUAUGUUCGUUCUGAAGUGCCUUACUCCACAAUAUUUUGCCGAUCGGAUAUUCAGUCGCAACCCAGAGCAGGCAUUAGAGACUUGUCGGUUUCUAAGCGCCCUUUUGGACGGCUUGACCCAGCUAAAAGCUUAUCAACACGCAAGAGAAGUAGCGGCGGAGAACACAAACAAAGAAAGCUCUAAGGUGGCUCCCACGAUAUAUCCGAAGUUCAAAUUAGACCCCAAGGUUGAAGAACCUGUCCAGGAGAUAUUCCAACACAUGGUACGUGCAGUCAACAGUUACCGUCUGUCCGCACCUGUCCGGGACUAUAUCCUCGAGAUGCUCAUACGUUUUAUCCCGUCUGAAAAAGGCAUUGGCUGGUCGCGAAAAAUUGUGGAGCUUGAAGGAGAAGCCGGGACGAGUGCACUUACCAACUGGCGUUCCCGUCGCUCUCGUCAACUAGAGGCUAAACGGCGGGCCGAUGACCCCAUUAGUUCAGCAAUAGAAGAGGUUCGGCUGCACACCAGUCCCAAUACACGAAUGAUUGUCGCCUGUUUGUUAUCUCGAUUCUGGGAAGAUCUCACAUCUGACAAGGCGCGCACACAUUUUACCGAACUAUGCAGUGAUUUCAUUCUCCUUAUUACUUUAUUUGUCCUUUCUAUCAAGGCCUUGUGUAAAUUUGGCGCUGCUGGAGGGUCAGAUGCUACGAUAAAGAGUUUGACGGAAGGGUCAACAGCUAGCCUUGUCCUUGCUUGCCGCCGAUUGUUGCUGGGGAUCGAACAACGAGAGCCGACAAUCGAUGAAGUGGCGCCAGCGCGUCAAUGUCGAGCCGAGGUUUCAGAAUCGGGAGAGUUGCUGGUCAACGAUGACACAGACAGUGAAUCCGAAGAGGAAGGCGGGUCAACGAUGAAAACACGCCUGAGAAGGUCAUGUCUUAUGACAGGUGGUGCUCCAUUGUCCCAUUUGAAGGAAUCUGAAACAGUGCGAUGGGCUAUUGAAGGUCUUGCUUACCUUAGUUUGAAUGCUGAAGUCAAAGAAGAACUUGUUGCGGACGCAGACAUCAUCCGUACGCUGUUCCAGGUUGCUGCUCUUGGACUUCAAGAGUGUGGGUAUGCUUUGGCCAAUGUUCUCGCAAAUCUGACAAACAGUCUGCCUCGUGCUAACGUCGAACCCGAGUUGGUGGAAUUGGCCAAAUUCGCAAAACAACACAUUCCCGAACAACACCCACUUGAUUCCAAUGAACACGUGAGCAAACGUCGUCAGCGACUGGUCGAAGCUGGUCUUCCGGUCGCGUUGUACAACCUUACCACUCGGCUGGCAAGUGGACCUAUUGGAGGUCAUGAGGGUCUACGUGAAUUGAUUUCCCGGCUCUAUCUCAGCACGUCGGAGCUUGUGGAAAAUCGUGGCAAAUUGGUUCAAGCUGGCGCUGCGAAGGCCCUACUCAAUUUAUCUCUAAAGUCUAAUACAGAUGGGGGAAAAGAUAUCGCGGCACAGGCACUGGCUCGACUCGCCAUCACGUCGGAUCCGCGUGUGACGUUCCCAGGGCAACGGUCUUUGGAGCUCGUCCGACCUUUGUUGCGCCUUCUUUCAAUCGAUUGUGAUGCACUGCAAAACUUCGAAGGUCUCUUGGCACUAACUAACCUGGCCUCCCUGGAUGAUCUUCAUAGGCAUCGGAUCAUGGCGGAACGUGGUGUCCCUCAAAUCGAUCACUGUCUUUUCCAGGAGCAUCCCAUGUUGCGUCGUGCAGCCACAGAAUGUGUGGCCAACCUAGCACAGUAUCAUGCAUUUGUUGUCGUUUGUGGUGGCACACUUCCUCUGGAAGAAAAAGAUCUCGGGGCAAAGUUGCCGUACUUGAGCUCGUCCACUGAACGCGUGAAAUUACUAGUCCUUUACUGUUGCGAGUUUGAAGAUUUGUUCCUGGUCCGUGCAGCUGUUGGUGCUUUGGCCACAAUGUCAUAUGACCCUGGGAUUAUCAAGCGCAUUACGGAUACAUUGGCAGGACACGACGCUUAUUGUAUUGCUCAUCGUGCGGCCCACCUCCUACGGAACAUGGUCAUCCAUGGUGAACGUUCGCUGUGCGAGUACAUUUGUCAGUCAAACAUGCUUGAAGUGAUCAUGGCCCUCAGUCAGCUGCCCGACCUUGGGACGGAUGAAACACUCUCGGCAGACACCGUUUCCCUCAAUCCUGGAAUACCUCCAGCUCGACUGCGGAAGAUGGCCGAGGAAGACCGAUUGAAGACCCGUCAAUGUGCAACCGAAGCCCUGAAAAAGUUGAACGAGUAUGGUCUGGUACAGCGUGUGCAACAAACUACACAUGGCCAGUAGAACUAAUAUUCUGCGUCCCGUGUGCCGCCUUCAAUACGACGAGGAUGUGCUGUCUUCCACUGCAUGCAGCUUUAUUUGUGCUGUUUUUUGUCACUAGUUUUUUCCUUGUUUCGUCCUGUUGACAGACCUUUCCUUAAAUUUUAUCCCAAGUGCCUUGUUUAUCUUGAUUUGGAAGAUCUUUGACUUCCGAAGCAAUGCAUUUAUU